AUGUCAGCUGUGCAACAGAGAGACAAAUCUUUGAAGGUGAACAUCACUGUGGGAUCCUCAUCAGAAAGAGUAGGCCUUUCAGAGACCAUUGACCAAAUGUCCUCCUUUGAGGAAUGUGUCCUGGACACCUGCCGAACCAGGGAACACCAUGAAACUCUGCACAGUGCCAUCAAUGUUUUUGUGACAAAAUGUCAAGGUGCUUAUGGAACCGGUUCCUGUGGGAGGGAAUUUAUCACAACCUUCAUGCAGAACUACUUCACAUCUCCAACUAAAUUUCAGCUGCUGAUCACUGGAUAUCACCCUGCAACCACUGUCACUGUGACGGUGAAGAAGUCUCUGUUCCAGAAAACGGUCUCUGUCAAUACAGGAGAAACUGUGUCCGUCGUUCUCCCAGACUCCACAGAGAUGGUUGGAGGAAGCAUCUGUAAUGGGACUGUGCUGAUUCAAGCGGACAAAAAUAUCUCGGUCUUCUCUCAUAGCCACAGGGACUACACCAGCGGAGCCACCAUAGUGUACCCAGUCGAGCAGCUUGGCACACAGUAUUACGUGGUAACUCCAAUAGGUGCACUAGCAAACACUUUCAAGGAAUUUGCCGUUGUGGCCUACAGGUUUCCCGCCAGGAUUGAUAUUCUCUUAAAAGGGACUGUAGUAUUCCAAGGGAGGGUGUACCCAGCAGGAAGCAGGCUUGUGGUUGACCUUCAUGCCUUCCAAACAAUCCAGGUGCAGAGCUCAUCGGAUUUAUCCGGCACUAAGGUUGUGUCAAAUGCCUCCGUGGCUGUCUUGAGUGGUCAUAGCUGUGCAGUCAAGCACACCAGCUGUGAUCAUGUUGUUGAGCAGCUCCUGCCUGUUUCCAGCUGGGGAACCACCUUCAUUGUUCCUCCACUUUCUUUCCAACCUCGAGAUGACAUUGCAUAUAUCACUGCCUCCCAAGACACGUGCAUCAAAUACCAGUCUGGGAACAGACACGGCUCUUACAAUGUGGUGGCCGGGCAAGUUAUCAUGGUGGAAGUGCAGCCUUCACAGCCGUUAUACUUCUCUGCCAAUGCUGGGAUCCAAGUCGUUUUCUUCUUCACUGGUGCCACAGUUGGAAGCCAGUCCUAUGACCCUUUCAUCAUCAAUAUCCCAUCUAUAUCCAGCUAUCACACCUCUUAUCACAUUAGGGGAAUGGCACACUAUUAUAAUUAUGCUGUCCUCAUAGCCAAAACAUCAGAAUCCAAUGGGCUCACUUUAGAGAACAAACCCAUUGGAAACAUCCAGUGGAAACCCAUACCAGGUACAGAAUAUUCAUGGGGUGAAUAUAAAUUGGACAGCAAAGAUACCAACCUUUCCCUACAGCACCCAAACGCUCCUUUUGGGCUCUACAUCCUUGGAUUUUUGAAUUAUGAUGGCUAUGGCUUUGUGGCCCCGUGUUCCUGCGGUAAACCAGCUCCUUCAUGCGAUGAUAUCCAGUGCAGGAAGAAAGAGCGGUGUGAGAUCCUAGAUGAACAACCAGUGUGCGUACCGGAAUCUGAAUCUUCUUGCUGGGCUCAGGGAGAUCCUCAUUAUCACACUUUUGACGGGAGAAAUUUUGAUUUCAUGGGCACCUGUACCUACACCAUUGCCAAAAUGUGCAGCCGAAACACAACUCUUCCUUCUUUCAACAUCGAAGCCAAGAAUGAAAACAGGGGAAAUACUCGUGUUUCUUACGUUGGUUCUGUGACCGUCAGUGUCUACAACAUCACCAUUUCCGUGGUCAGAAAUGAAAUUGGACUUGUGAGGGUGAAUAACCAGCGCUCCCGGCUGCCCAUCUCCUUGAAUGAAGGAAAGCUCCAUCUCUACCAGAGAGCAGGAUCUGUUGUGAUUGAAACUGACUUCACACUGAGGGUCUCUUAUGACUGGAACAGCUACUUGGUGGUGAAGAUCUCCAGCAGCUUUUCAGAGAGCAUCUGUGGCCUUUGCGGGAACUACAACGGAGAUCCUAAAGACGACUUCACUACCCCUGAAGGGUCUUUAGCCUCCAGCCCUGUGGAGUUCGGGCGAAGCUGGAAGGUGGAGGACGGCGACCGGUUUUGCUGGGAUGACUGCCAUGGAGAAUGCAAAACAUGCUCCCCAGAGAUGGCUAGCAAAUAUGAAGCGGAGCCGUUCUGUGGUUGGAUCAGCAAAGGGGGGAAUGGCCCCUUCAGCCAGUGCCAUUCUGUGGUCAGUCCAGAGAUCUUUCUGCAGAACUGCGUCUAUGACCUCUGUUUAAACGAUGGCCGCCAGGAUGUGCUGUGCGAGGCACUUGAGAGCUAUGCACAAACCUGCCAGAGAGAGGGAGUUGCUAUCUCUGACUGGAGGACCUCCGCCAAUUGCCCUCUAUCUUGCCCUGAGAACAGCCAGUAUAAGCCUUGCACAGCGCCGUGUCCUGCCACUUGCAACAACCCAGCGGGUCCCAAGAACUGCUCCUCCUUGCCAUGCGCACCAGGUUGCGAGUGCAAUGAAGGCUUUGUGCUAGACGCUGGGAAGUGCAUCCCCAAGGCUGCCUGUGGGUGUGUCUUUGAAGGGAAGCUCUUUGCCCUCGGGGAGCAGUUCUGGAAAGAUGGCACGUGCACAAGACGCUGCCUCUGUGACCCGGAGACCAAAGGCGUGACCUGCCAGGCCGCCAGCUGCAAGAGCGGGGAACAGUGCAGGGUGGAAGAUGGCAUCCUGGACUGCUAUCCCACAGGUUACGCCACCUGCUCGGCUUCAGGUGACCCCCACUACAUUACCUUUGAUGGCCAGAGAUUUGACUUCCAAGGAACCUGCAUAUACCAAUUCACUGGGCUGUGCCAGAACAGAACAGACCUGGUGGAUUUCCAGAUUCUGGUCCAAAAUGACCACCGAGGCAGCCAGGCCGUGUCCUUUACCCGGACUGUGGAGAUCCAUGUGUAUGGGACAGUAAUUGUCAUUAGCCGAGAAAACCCUGGAAAAGUCAUGGUCAAUGGUUUGCUGACCAACCUCCCGCACAGCACUGGGAAUGACAGAAUCUCCCUGUAUAAAAGAGGGCAAGAGGUGGUGGCCCAGACAGACUUCCACCUGACGGUCGCCUUUGACUGCCAGAGUCGUGUCACUGUGACGGUGCCCAGCAGUUAUGCUGGUGCCCUUUGUGGUCUCUGCGGGAACUACAACGGGAACAAGCACGAUGAGAUGACCAUGCCAGGUGGUCAAAUAACUGCAAAUCCAUCGACCUUUGGUCAGAGCUGGAAAGUGCGAGAUGUCCCAGGCUGUAGCGAAGUGGACAAGGGAGAAUGCUCCAAUCUAGCCACCAUUGAGAGCCAUCAACGGAAGCUCAACAGUCAAUGUGGCCUCAUCCUCGCCAAGGAGGGGCCUUUCCGAGAAUGUCAUAGCAAAAUUGAUCCAGAAGUAUACUUCCGAGACUGUGUGUAUGAUUACUGCUUCUUUGAAGGCCAACAAACAGUGAUCUGCCAACUGAUUGUAAGCUAUGCAACAGCGUGCCAAGCAGCCGGAGUGACGAUCUACCCCUGGAGAUCUGACACUUUCUGCAGUCCUUCUUGUGGUUCAAAUAGCCACUACGAACUCUGUGCUCAGGGCUCGGUCCAGACCUGUGGCAGCCUCUACGUUCCCAUCCCUUCUCCGGCCAAGUGCCAGGAAAGCUGUGUGUGCAAUGAAGACUUUGUGCUGAGUGGCGACCAGUGUGUGCCCCAGUCCCAGUGCGGAUGCUUCCAUCAAGGCCACUAUUAUCCUGCAGGAGAGGCUUUCUAUCCAUCAUGCCACGAACACUGUGUGUGCCAAGCUGGGGGGAUUUUGAAGUGUGGGCCGUUCUCCUGCGGACCCCACGAGGAGUGCAGGCUUUCGGGAGGCGUUCGCAAAUGCCACCCUGUUGGCAACGCCACGUGCUCGGCCUCUGGAGACCCUCAUUACCUUUCUUUUGAUGGACUGGCCUUCGAUUUCCAGGGCACCUGCACAUAUAUACUGGCUCAAGCCAGCACAGACAAUGGAACCCUGGUCCCUUUCAUUGUUACUGUGGAAAAUGAACCUUGGGGGAAUGGGAAGGUCUCUGUUACCAAGAUGGUGUCUGUCACGGUCCAUGGGAUCACACUGACCUUACUGCAGAACAAGAAGGGCCAAGUGAAGGUGAAUGGGAUCGUCAAUUCCCUUCCUAUCACAUUUUCUGGUGGGAAGCUCAGAGCCUAUCAACACGGCACUAAAGUCCUGAUAGAAGCUGCCUUUGGCCUCACUGUGGCCUAUGACUUGGUCUAUCAUGUGACGGUCACCAUCCCGGGCUCUUACCAGGGCCAGACGCAAGGCCUGUGUGGCAACUACAAUGGGAGGAAGGAUGAUGAGUUCCUGCUCCCUGAUGGAAAGAUUGCCUCUGAUGUGGCUGCAUUUGGUGCCGCCUGGAAAGUGGCCGUCCCCGGGGCCGAUGGCUCCUGCUCAGACGGAUGCUCUGGGAACAACUGCCCGGUUUGUGAAGAAAGGAAGAAGGAGGUUUUCAAACAGCGCAACUACUGCGGGAUCCUCACGGCCUCUGACGGCCCCUUCAGACAUUGCCACAGCAAGGUGGACCCCAGUGUGUACUUCAACGACUGCAUCUAUGACCUGUGCCUGGGCAACGGGGACAGUCCUGUCUUGUGCCAGAGCAUCCAAAGUUAUGUGUCUGCCUGCCAAGAUGCUGGGGUUUCUGUGGAGCCUUGGAGGACUCCAUCCUUCUGUCCCUUGAGCUGUCCAGCUAACAGUCACUACGAGGUCUGUGCCAACCUUUGCUCUACUAGCUGUGCCAAGAUCACAGAUGCUACACCAUGUCCAGAGACCUGCGCUGAAGGCUGCCAAUGCGACAAUGGGUUCUUCUUUGAUGGUUUUGGCUGCGUUAGAGCACAAGACUGUGGAUGUUUCAAGAAUGGCGUCUACUACAAACCUAAUGAGAAAGUCCUGCUCAAUGCAUGCCAAACGAGCUGUAUUUGCUCUCCGGGACAAGGAGUAAUCUGUGAGUCCCACAGCUGUGCCACUGAUGAGAGUUGCAAAAUUGAAGAUGGGGUCAUGAGUUGCAUCAAUAAGGAUCCAUGUAAAGCGCUGAAGUGUCGAGAAAAGGAGACAUGCCAGAUCGAGGAGGACCAAGCCACCUGCGUCCCUGACUUCACAGGAAGUUGCUGGGGGUGGGGGGACCCACACUACCACACUUUUGAUGGGAUGAACUUUGAUUUCCAAGGCACCUGCACGUACACCAUCGCCAAGUACUGUGGAAAUGACUGUACACUGGUUCCUUUCUCAGUAGAGGAGAAGAAUGAUAACAGGGGCAACCAGGCGGUGUCCUAUGUGCGUCUCACCAACAUCUAUGUCUAUGGCUACAAGGUCUCCAUCUACAAGCAGGAAACUGGAAGAGUGCGGCUAAAUCAUGCCAUUGUCAGCCUUCCGUUGACUCUUGAAGAUGGGAAGAUCAAGAUUUACCAGAGUGGGCCCAAAGCUGUUCUGCUCACUGAUUUUGGCCUCCAAGUAACAUAUGAUUGGAAUGCGCACCUGAUCAUCAACCUCCCCAGCAGCUACUAUGGGGCCAUGUGUGGGCUUUGUGGAGACUUCAAUCAAAACCCUAGAGAUGACAUGAUCUUUCCCAAUGGGACCAAAGCCUCCUCCAUCAUAAGCUGGGCCAGCAGCUGGAGAGUUGAGGACCGGGACCCCUUUUGUUGGGAUUACUGCAAAGGAAAUUGCCCAACAUGCGAUGGGAACAAGAGGAAGUUGUAUGGAAAUGAAGACUACUGUGGGCUGAUCAACAAAACCUCGGAAGGUCCCUUCAGAGAAUGCCAUGCCAUUGUGAAUCCAGAUGACUUCUUUGAUAGCUGUAUAUAUGAUGUGUGCCUGAAUGGCGGGGCCUCAAAUAUACUCUGCCAAGCUUUGGAGGCCUAUGCUACAACCUGUAGGAAAGCAGGCGCCACCAUAUAUGACUGGAGGACACCAUCUGGCUGCGUCCUGCCAUGCUCAGAGAACAGCCACUAUGAGUUCUGUGGUCAUGCUUGCGCUGCCACCUGUUCGGACCGCACUGCUCCCUCUUUCUGCAAGGAGCCAUGCCUGGAAACCUGCCAGUGCAAUGACGGCUACGUCCUCAGCAUUGACAAGUGUGUGCCAGUCGGGAGCUGUGGCUGCACCUACAACGGCUUCUACUACAAACCCGGAGAGGAAUUCUGGGCUGAUGAGCUUUGCACCUCUCACUGCACAUGUGAUCCCACCCUGGGGAUGGUGGUGUGUAAACCAGCCAGCUGCAAAGCCAACGAGAGGUGCACCGUGGACGACGGGAUCCGGGGCUGUCACCCCAUCAACUUUGCAACAUGCUCAGCCUCUGGGGAUCCUCACUACACCACUUUUGAUGGGAAGAGAUACGAUUUCAUGGGCACCUGUAUCUACCAGCUGACAGGAUAUUGCUCUGAUGACCCAACGCUCAUACCUUUCACGGUCAAUGUGGAGAACAACAACCGAGGGAACAAAAAGGUGUCCUACACCAAAGUGGUGACCUUGGAGGCUUACAACAUAACCAUUACGCUGAGCCAGGCGCAUCCACGUAAGAUUCAGGUUAAUGAAGUCUUUGUAAACCUGCCGUUCUACCAUGAAGACAAGAUCCAGGCUUACAUCCGUGGAAACGAAGCUUUCGUCAAGACUGGCUUUGACGUCACACUCACCUUUGACUGGAACAGCUACGUCAAAGUCACUGUGCCCAGCACCUACAGCAAUGCCCUCUGUGGCCUCUGCGGCAACAACAAUUUGAACCCCAACGAUGACCUGACCAAGAAGGAUGGGAGCCAAACAUCAAACGUAUCUCAGUUUGCAGAAAGCUGGAAGGUGGCAGAUGUGCCCGGUUGCUCCCAGGUCUGCACCACUGAUUGCCCGGUGUGUGGGGAGGCACAGAAAGAAACCUAUAAGGGUGACCAGUACUGCGGGAUCCUCAUCAAAACUAAUGGACCAUUCAGGCGGUGCCACGAGACCAUUGACCCAACACCCUACUUUAACGACUGUGUAUUCGACACCUGCCAAUAUCAAGGUCAGCUUGACACUUCCUGCCAUGCCAUCAGCGUUUAUGUGGCAGCCUGCCAAGCUCUGGGCAUCCCAGUGGAAGAAUGGAGAUCAGAGUCCUUCUGCAGCCCUGCCUGCCCACUUAACUUCCACUAUGAACUCUGUGGACACGGCUGUCCUGAAACAUGCCGUGGCCUUUCAGCUCCAUACGGCUGCAAGCCAUCAUGUAAAGAAGGAUGCUAUUGCAAUCCGGGAUUUCUGCUCAGUGGGGACCAGUGUGUUCCAGUGGGCAACUGUGGCUGCUUGUUCGAGGGCAAGUACUACAAGCAAGGAGAGGAUUUCUACCCUCAUUCUUCCUGCCAGGAGCGAUGCCACUGUGGCAGCAAUGGAGUUGUUGAAUGCCGCAAUGCCCCCUGUGGAGCCCAUGAGGAAUGCAAAGUGGAGAGUGGCAUUCUAGGUUGUCAUCCUGCGGGCACGGGACAAUGCAGUGUGGCUUCAGGCUCCCACUACCUGACUCUAGAUGGCCUGGCUUAUGACUUCCAGGGUACCUGUGUUUAUGUUCUAGUUAACGUAGAUGGAAAGGACUCUCAAGCACCAGCAAACUUUUCUGUUUUGGUAGAGAAUGGAAUGUCCAUGGUAAAGAUGGUUCUGGUCUCCUUUGGAGGACAUUCUGUCGUCAUUGAGAGGGCAGCACAAUGGAGUAUUAAGGUGGAUGGAGAGCUCUACACGCUGCCAAUGAGGACAACGGAUGGGAAACUGUGGGCUAACCGGGAAGGGAACAAUGCCAUCAUCCAGACUGACUUUGGCCUCCAAGUCCUGUAUGAUGCCUCCUCUUUCGUCCUUAAAAACUACCCUCUCCUUUCUUUCUUCCAUCCAUACCUUAGUUUCUAG